CGGCCCUCGCCGGGGCGCCGCCCGCGCUCCCAGCCGCCUCCUCCCUCCCUCUUCCGCCGUAGUGGUCCCUCCCAGGCACCGCUAAUCCCUCAGCAGCGCCCCGCCCGCGAGGGGUGGCGGGGCGGUGGUUCCGACCGGCGCGGGGCGGGCGGAAGGAGCGGAGCGGCUCCGGGCCGCGGCCUCUGUGUGGAGCAGGGGCUGAGGGAGGCCCCUCCUUCAAGCGCUCGCCGCGGUCGUUUUCUUCGCGCCCCGCUGUCGGCGGCACCAUGUCGGCCCUCCCGAAGAGCUACAACCCCUUCGCCGAGGAGGAGGAGGAGGAGGAGGAGGCGGCGUGGCGGCCGGCGCCGAGCGGCGGGGAGGCGGCCGGCGCCGAGCGGCAGCGGUACCUGCGGCAGGAGGUGCUGCGCCGCUCCGCCGCCACCGCCGACAGCACCGCCCGCUCUCUCUCCCUCCUCUACGAGUCCGAGCGGAUCGGCGUGGCCACCUCCGAGGAGCUUGUACGUCAAGGAGAGGCACUGAAGCGCACAGAACAGAUGGUAGAUAAAAUGGACCAGGAUUUGAAGACUAGUCAAAGGCACAUAAAUAGCAUUAAGAGUGUUUGGGGGGGCUUGGUAAACUACUUCAAAGCCAAACCUCCAGAGAGCAAGCCAGAGCACAAUGGAACCCCUGAAUAUUAUGCUAACAGUAGAUUAAAAGAAGCAAUGAUGUCUAGCAAAGAACAAGAAUCAAAAUACCAGGAAAGUCAUCCAAAUUUAAGGAAACUAGAUAAUUCAGACAGUGAUUUUGGCAAAGUGGAUUUAGUUUCUUCAGUGCAAAGGGAUUCCUAUCCAAAGAACCAACACCUGCGAGCUUACCAUCAGAAAAUUGAUAACAACUUAGAUGAGAUGUCUUCUGGGUUGAGUCGUCUGAAAAACCUAGCCCUUGGUCUGCAGACAGAAAUAGAUGAGCAAGAUGAUAUGUUGGAUCGGCUAACAAAAAAAGUAGAGACACUGGAUGUCAAUAUUAAAAGCACUGAUAAAAAAGUCCGACAACUUUAAAAGGUUUUUAGAAUUUUUUUUGUCCAGCGUCAGUUCUUCUUGGCUGUCUUAUCUCAACUGAUCUCUUAAAAAAUCUUGGACAGUAUCCAUUUCUCUUUUUUUCCCCUGAUAUGUUAGUGAUUUUCUUGUCAUUAAAAUUGCAUAAUCUUAAAUGCAACAUAAUACCUUAAAUUUCUUCUUAAUGUACAUGGGAAAAGUGCACGUUGAGUAAAAUCUCUCAGCACUUUGUAAAUGCUUUUGUGCUGGAUACCCUGCUCAGUUGUGUAACUGUGCGUCACGUGCGUGGAGGAAUUUGCAAUCGACAAAGCUUCAGUGUCCUUGGCCUGGGAGCUGUGAUGAGAAAAGUAACUGCAUUUUGCCUCUGUUUUGGGGAGGGGGCAGAGGGAACAGAAUGUGCUGCUUCGUUCAGAACAAAUGUUGCUAAUUCUGUUUACCUACAGCUAUUUUCAAUUCUGAAAAAAUGCUGAUUUCCAGCUGUAAAAAUAAUUUUAAGUGACUGUUCUCUGGCAUUUUUGGGGCCUAAGGAACGAACUGUUCUGUGGAAGUUGUAAAAUAUCAUGGGUGUCAUGCAGUAAUGAUAAUAUCCUGUGCGUGUUCCCUUUCCUAAGAUGAAUUCUGGCACAUGGUGGAUCCAUGAACUGUGGUUUUUAUGUUGGGGUCACUAAAUGCUAUCACCUUUACAGUAUUUUCAGUAAAGAUCUCUAUGGGUAUCUUAUGGUCUGCAAGAAAUGUUGAUUGACAGUGACCCAAAAAGUUUGGGUAACAAAUCAGGACUUAAACGUAUGUGCUCUUAAAGAUUCUUUUGUAGUUGUCACCAUCUGCUUUUUUAUUUUCUGCUCUUUCUCAACUUAUUCAGGUAGGUGGUUAUUUGAAAAAUAGCUUCCAUUUUAGAAAUUGAGAGUUGGUCUGAUAAUGCACAAACAGAUCAUAGGAGAUCAUUUAAUUUAACAUUUAUUUUAAAUGUGAUUAGGGAUUGAGCAGAUGCUGUAUUUCCCUAGGUAAUGUGACUAGUUUUAAGAAUGACAAUUUUGCUCCAGCCUGAAGACAUGACAACGAGAACUUGCUGUCUGUCUUGAAAACAAGUAGGUUAUUUUGGUUUAGAGAGGCCAAGGGACCUGUGUCUGUAUUGCAACACUUGCUAUCACAAAUGACAGCGAGUGGCUAAGAAGAGAUAGUUACUUCCUUGAGCUGGUGCCACGUUAUCUUAUGAAUUGAAGGAAGACCUUGGUGUUCAGGGCUAUCAAGCUUAUAUCCUUCAUGAACAUCACACGCACACCCUCCCUUUUCCUUUUUUUCAAGGGAUUUGUUAUCCUGAGCUCACUCACUACCAAGUGGACCCGACUGGUAAGGAGAUAAAAGAAAACUUGAGCCUUUCUUGUUUUACUGUGUCUCCUGAAAGUUCACUUGAAGAAAGAUAAAUCACUAAAAAACCUACACUUCUUAGACAAAGUAUAGUGGAAAAAUACAUUAUUUCUGGGAUUACUAGCAAAGUAGAGUUGUGAAUUAGAUUUAAGGUAAGCCUCUGUUUUCCCUUGUGUUACUGAUGUCAUUGAUUUCAGUCCUUAAAAAAAUGUGUUUUUUUUCAGGCACAUAACACUUAGAGCUUUUGAGCACCUUUUAAUUGCUUUUUAAUUUUCACUUUGUGUCAGUUAUGCUCAUUUGGAAGCAUAAAAACCCCUUAUUAAUAUCAAUGUAUCAUCUAAUUUUUUGGGUGUAUACAAUGAUUACUUCUCUCUUACUCUGUUAGAAUAUUUAUGAUAUGAUUUGAUGUCUCAAGAUGGUUGAUAUGUUUUAGUAAAUAAUACAAUCAUUAGUUUUCAAAAUGUUAAGUACCUCAGUGAAGGAAGAUUGGCAUUUUGAUUACAUCUGUUAUAGUUUCUUAUUUUACUUUCUCCUUUUAAUAAAAAUGGUGAAGAGACUUGUAUUUUUUCUUAUUGCAGUGUUGGUUAACAGAAACACUUACAUCUUAUAAAGGCUAUAUAACUUUUCUCCAGAACAGAGAAUACCAAAAAUUGCACAGUAAUUAAUAACACUCCCUUUAGAGUGAAAUCUGCCUGCACCCUAAUGCAACUAUGUCACGUCUACAUUUUUUUCCAAAGUAAGACUUUGGUAACAAGGAUGUACACUGGGACUUUCUCCAUGAAGUUCUGGCUAAUGGAGGAAAAAUGUAGCUGGAAGCUCUAGUUGUGUUAUGUGUAAUGAGAAGUGUGGAGCUUGAAUCCAAGCAAAGAAUGUUUUUAAGAGCAAAGUGUGUAGCCUUUCUGAUGUAAGCUAUUCCAUUUUUUUUAGUCUAUAACAAAACAAAGUCCAGUUUUUGGUCAACUGUUUAAUUAUAUUAGCCUUAUGAAAUGUUAGCUGCAUCCUGGAUAUCUUUGAUGCCUUUAAAAACGCAGGCAGGGAAGGAGAAUAAAAAAAUCCAUCUGUUUCUGCUUUGAGAACCUCAGGAUCCAAGCAGCCUAGAAAACCAGGAUCUCAGCCAUGUGGAAGUUACAGAGGUCUAACUUCUCGUGUCUUCUAUCAAUCCCAUUCACUGUCUCAGUCGUGUAUGUCUUUGCUUAGGCUUUCCUGCUCUAUUUAUUACUUUUGUUUUGUGGGGUUUUUGUUUUGUUGUUUGGUUGGGGUUUUGUUGUUGUUGGUUGUUUGCUUUGUUGUUUUUUUGUUUUUUUUUGUUUGUUUGUUUGUUUUUUUUUUAAUGGCCUUGUUUUAAAGGAUUAUUUCCCACACUGGAUUUCUUCUGUGGGGAAAAAAAGUUUGUGCAUGGUUAUAAAUGAAUUUCUGCUACAAAUGGAGUUCCCUUUCUCAGCUUUCAUACAGAUGCUUUAUGCUGAUAAAGAACUUAAGUCUAAGUGGCAUGAGGAGACAACACUUUUGUAAUAGUGAUGAAAUUUUUGCUCAUUGGAAUAACUUUCCAUACUGCAGAAAGAGGAAAUUUAAAGGGGGGCGGGGGGAGAAGCAUGAUUUUUGCCUUUCCAGGAAAUAUAAUUUUCUAUGUGUUGUGAAGGACUUACUUCAGUGGCUUUUCUUUGUUUCCUGAGAUAGAAUUUUAUUCCUUCUUGGAUACUGUUGAAAAACUUACCUUGUAUAGGGUAUAGGACGUUCAGAAGAAAUUUCAUUUACACUUAAGCACUAACUUACUAAGUUAAAUGAUUUUGCCUAAAUACUCAUGUUGGCAUAGAAAUUGGUAUCCUUGCAGCAAAAUAGCUCUGGUUAAUUCUUAAUGGCUUGAGUAGAAGUUUAAUGUUAAGGUCAGAAGAAGAUAGCAGAAAAAAUAAUUUUAAGUCUUCUUUAUAAAAGGUGAUUUUUCUUGCUUCUCAAAGAAUUUGCUAAUAAAUUUAGAAGAGACUUUAAACAUCAGGAAGUAGCAUAGCCUUCAUUACAUAGAUGUAAGAAGACAUACUCUAAAAAUGUCAAGGGGGAAAAAAGAAGUGGGAAUAACCAGUAUCUGAAUACUAGGUUUCUAGGUGUAUUUUAUUCCUGAGCAUUGAAUUAAAUAUUGUAACAAAUGAUGCAUAGCUGAAUUUUAGUUUGUACUACAAAGAUUUGUUGCUGUGCUGAACUUGGCCUACUGAAAUCGUUGGGACACUGUAUAGUGUCGGGUGUUUUUUUUAAUGUGUGAAAUUUAUCUGAAAUAUUUUGCUGCCUAGUAGUUUUUGUAAAGUGAUGUCAUUUGUUAAAUGGUGAAAUAGAAAAUACUUACCAACCACUCUGCCUUCUGAACAAACAGAUUUUUGUAGGCAUUUUUAAAAGCAUAACAUCAUAUGGAGGAUAUGUGUUAAUUUUGACUUUGAAAUAUAUAAGGCUUAAUUUUCAAAAUCACAGGCAGUGAUUAUUUGUGUCUAUGGCUUUUUUUAAAUACUUUAAUUCUAUGCCACCCAGGUAUAACACUUUUUAUACAAGUCAAAUUCAAAUAUUUUAAUUAAAUGCUGAACUGGACUGUAGUUCAGCAAUUUAGGAGAUUGAAUUAAAUGGAGUGUUGAAUGGUAAAACUGUCAAUAAAGGUGCUUAUUGUUAA